GUUGUGAUUGUGAGGUUUAAGAAUUAGUUAAAAGUUUCAGUCAUAAAAAAUAUGAUAAUAGGUUUUGAAAGUAUAGCGGGAAAGAUGGGUCUUCCAGCCGGUGGUAGCCUGUCGCUGUUCUGUCCCGGUGGAGACCUAGGUCAGCCACCUCCAGCCCACAUGGGCAUCCCCCCGCCUUACCAGCUCGACUCUAAGCUCGCUGCUGGGCUGGCGCGGACCCCAAUGUACCCUUUUCCCGGGGGCACGUACCCUUACCCCAUGCUCAGUCCGGAGAUGUCACAAGUAGCAGCCUCGUGGCAUACUCCGAGCAUGUACCCCAUAUCUUCGGCGGCCAGCGGCUUCCGGAGUCCAUACCCCACCUCGCUGCCAAUCCCAAGUUCUAGUCUGUCGAGUUUUUGUGAUUUUAGCGAACUAUACCGGUUCUCGCCGACACUGGGUGGCGGCCUGGGACUGGGCUUAGGCCCAGCGCUGGUCCCCCCUCCCUCCUCCAAGGCUGACGUCGACUCCUACCAAUCACGGUAUGCGAGAUCACUAGAAAAAGGCAGCAGCAGUUCAGCGAGCGACAAGCCGUCUGAGAGUACAGCCAGCACCAACAACAAGGAGCAGAACAAAAAGCCCCACAUAAAGAAACCCCUCAACGCUUUCAUGUUGUACAUGAAGGAAAUGCGGGCGAAAGUCGUGGCCGAGUGUACCUUGAAGGAAUCGGCCGCCAUUAACCAAAUAUUAGGCAGACGGUGGCACGCACUCGGCCGCGAGGAGCAAGCCAAGUAUUACGAGUUGGCGCGGCGCGAGCGCCAGCUGCAUAUGCAGCUCUAUCCCGAUUGGUCGUCUAGGGCUAAUACGCAAAGGGGCAAGAAGAGGAAGCGAAAACAGGAGACAACCGAUGGAGGAAAUAAUUUGAAGAAAUGUCGAGCGAGGUACGGCCUCGACCAACAGAACCAAUGGUGCAAGCCUUGCAGGCGGAAGAAGAAGUGCGUACGAUACAUGGAAGCCCUGGCAGCAGCGGCGGGGACCGUGCCCCUUCCGAUGGCGACGCCCCAGUCGCCUUGUUCUGAAGAGGACGUGAAGCUGGAGGAGAUGUCGGACGCUUCAAGCGACGGCGAUGCCGACACGCCGCUCAAUUCGGCAUCGAGUCCGGGCGGGCUGAGCGCACUAUCGUCGCUGGCGUCGCCGGCCUCGGAGCCCCCGCCCGCGCCCCCUCGCCACCCCGUAGGAACCAACCCCCGCGACGCCAACAACCCGCUGUCCGUCGGGCAGCUCACCUCUCAAUCCUGGCCGCGCGCCGCCCAGUCGCGGCCCGGCCACGAAGUCAUAUCCGUCUCGUAGUGACGGCGCUGCUACCACGCGACCCUCCGCGUCCCGGCUUUAGCUUGAAAGACUAUAAAGAUAAACCCGGGCUUUCCCCUGGCCUUGAUCCGCUCAAACCCCGCCCGGUACAGACAGAGCGCGCUCUGAGCGGAUGAUCGCCAACGCGACUAGUGUAUUUCGCGCCAUCUAGCGAACGCGUCCGGAAGCGAGUCGUGUCGGUUGUGAUAGCGGUACCAUGCGAACAAGAACUUUCAACGAUUCCGUAGUGGACACUACCUCCUUGGCGCGAUGUUAUUCGGGUGCUACUGCACGCGGAUUGAAAUACCGGCAUUUUUGUGUACUAUUAGUUUAGUUUCCCGUUGCUCAAAAACUGGUUUCCAUACGAUCCUAAUGUCGGACUCAUCUCUGUAAUGGCCUAACAUUUCGUUGUUGUUGUAUUGGCAUCACCAAAUGUGCGGUAUUUCGGUCGACGUGCGUUUAUCAUAAGGGAAUGUUACAUUUGUUUUACAAGCUUACCAUGGAAUUUAAGUCUAAUUUAGCCCCUAAUGGGAUUCCCUUGGAACGAAGUUUGAAACAGUCGCCUGUCACAAUGAUCUCAAAAUUACGAGUCCAAAUCAAGUCAUUUAACUUGCAUUUUUAUGUUAUCCGUACUUUUGAUAUCCAAAUUUUAUUAAGACAUUUUCUUUAACCAAUUGUGGGAUGAUUUUCGUUGUUUUUACACUUGUAUUUGAUAAACUAUACAAUUAUAGCGCAACUAAAAUCGAUUGGUAUUUUUGCAACAAGUGCCUACAUUGUCUUGGUAGAAAAGCUAGGUUAUCCUUACAGUGCCAUACAAAGUUGUAUAGAUUGGCCAAAUUAACUUGAACCUUAAUGUUUGGAUAUUAAAACUAUGGCCCACGGUCCAGUGGAGAUAGUCAUGACUUUAUUCUAGCCAUCGAUACAUAAGAAAUUCAGUAUUUAUUUUUAAUUGUGAUGGAGUGAAUGUUCUUUGUUUCGCCGAAUUCUGUUCGGGAUGUCCAAAGUUACUAAUUUACCGGCAUACCGAAUAAUUUUGGAGUAUUAUCGACAAUUUAUUCGGUAUACGACAUACAUACAAUUUCGAAUUCCAACCGAAAUCGGCGAAAUUGAAAAAAUCAGCACAUCACUAUUUCUUCUUAGUCCCAUUGGUAACUUUUAAAUUGUCAAAAAUCGUCUUGAUCUUGCACAAAAACUGACACACGGUUUCUUUCAAAUUAAAAGACACCAACCCUACCAUUAAUUAGGCAAUUAGGCCUCUGUUGCUCUCUCAAUACGGACUAUAAUUCUUGCAUUUUAUUCACGAGUUCCGUUUUCAUAUGGCGUCAAAAUGGAAUAUUCUUUUGAGUGUUUUUAUGUCAUAUUAAAAUGUAACUGCGCGUCUUAUAACGGCCUGCACCAUAGGUUCCAGUAGCAUUAGUGACGUUUUAGUUCUUAAAAUUUUCCCUUCGGACUCGGUUUUGUAUAAAGUUAAUGUUAAGACGCGCCGAAGGGAAAAAUGUAUUGUCCGUUGUGCGGAAACCAUUUAGACUGUCGUAGGAUACUUUAGGCGCGUCAACGAGUGACAUCAUUAUCUACAGAUGGUGUACCGAUCUGCCCUUUUUAUACGUAGUUGUUGUUGUACUGUUGACCCAUGGAUUUGUUCAUAGAAAAUUAUAUGCGUUUAGCGCCAUCUAUCGGUCGACAAACACAUUACUUGUUAAACAUGUACUUUCAAAUUGCAUGAAAAUAUUUUUCUUUGUUGUUGCGUUUUCUCACAGUUUUGUUGUACAAAAUGCUUAUUGCGGUUUUUAUUCUUCGUAGUUGUUUUAUCAGAAGGUCAGUAAAGGGCAUUUUGGCACAGCGUCAGCCUUUGUAUAUGUGUAAGUACAUACAUAAUGUAAAUGUAUAAAAUAUAGGCUUAAUCUAACUGUGUCAUAUUAGAGUUUAAGUGUACUAUUCUACUUACUAUACAUUACUAUAUAAAAAGAAAUUUAAAGAAAUAUUAGUUGAAUACUGACUCAAAAACGAAAUUAUAUCAAAUGUCUGGUUGAUUCUAAUUUUUUAUUGGUUCGGCAACCCCCAGAGUAUAAAGGACUGGAAAUUGUAUGUAAAUAAAUUUGUAAUUCAUGAAUAAAUAUUUAGAAGAUUUUGGUAUAAAAAAUAUUGCAUUUAUAUUAUUAUAAAAGUGACUAGCCCUCGGAUAGUUCUCGGAUGGUUUGUUUUAUUCGACGCGUCUUUUUGUUAAUUACUUUUUAUUGUUAUUAUUAAGAUUUUUAACGUUGUUGAAUGCAAUAUCGAUACCCAUGACUUAAAUUGAAACAAUUGUGUCUGUCGAUUCGAGGAUUUGAUGAUUUAACUGCAUUUUUAUCGCAAAAAUAAUGUAUUGACAAACGCGCACGUAAUAUCAAUGAUAUCUUUUUACAAUGACCAACUUGAAUGUUAUAAAAACAAAUCGGUCGUUCGAUUUUGCAUGAAAUCUUACUUUGUGCAAUAAUGACUAACUAUGGGUACUGUAUAGUCUUCUUAAUGUACAUUAGAAGUUUCUUAAAAUUAAUUUUUAAGUCUAUUUUCGAGAGGAAAUUAUUGGGUUUAAUUUUUUUUGUCUAAAUGGAAAUUUAGUUUCUUUAUUUUAUAUUUUCUUGACAGUAAAAUAGGUGAACCCGUGCCAAAACCAUCUAGGAAUCUACAGGUAGCCAGGGAUUCAUGAAUUGCCUUCACAAAUAUAGGAACUCAUUUUAAAAUAUUGUUGCGCAAGUGUUUUUUUUUUUAGUUUUAUCAACGAAUGAGCUUUUCUGCAUGAUUCUAACAAAGCAUCAAUUCUUUUAUUUAUUUUUUCAUGUCGCAAAAGAUUCUUCCUCGCUUUGUGAAGUCAGUAAAUGAUUUAGAGUGGACAGUAAAAUAAUGAUAUAUUCUGUGCCAAAUUUAAAUAUAUUGUGAACUGUGCUGUAUUCAAUGAUAUAGCGUACCUCUGACGGUCUUAUGUUAAUAGAUUUUAUAGGUUGUUUUUUAUUGUUAAGCUGGUAAAGACAGAUGGCUCUUCACUAGAGUUAUUAUUAUUUUUUUGUAGAAAAAUUGUCAAAUUAGAAAAACUCAAUUAUUAGGUCUGCUCCCGUGUCUUGUGUUCAGUUGAACGAAUAUUAUUUUAAUAAACAACUUAAAAAUUG